CUGUACAGCCGUAAACAAAUGCACGUGUGGGGUGGACUAAUUAUUUCACAACGUUUAAUCAGAUUUUCCUUCCUAAGAAAAGUAUUUUGUACAGCUAACGAAUUGACCAGAAAUUGAAUAAUGUGCAGUGUUGCUGAUGGAGAUGAAAUUGCCAAACCAAGGGACAAGAAUACAAGUGUGGGAAGAAAAUGUAUGAAAUGUGAAGAAGAUGGUUUUAUUAUAACCAGAGUUAAUGAUGCAUUUUGCAGGAAGUGUUUUACGGUUUAUGUUGUUCACAAAUUUCGAUCAGCUAUUGGUAAAUCUAAGUUAGUACGAGAUGGAGAUGUUGUUUUGUUGGCCUAUUCUGGUGGGCCCUCAUCUACAGCUUUACUACAUCUGGUUCAAGAGGGUUUAAGCCCAAGAGCUCAUAAGAAAUUGCGAUUUAAACCAGUUAUAUUACACAUAGAUGAGUCAGCAAGUCUUGAUUUAUCAGCUGAAAUAAAAAAAGAAAAUUUAAUGAAGAUUUGUGAAAGAAUAAAAACAACUGGUUACCAAGGUUACAUAUCUUCUAUAGAACAGGGUUUAAAUAUAUCAGGUUUAACACCAGACUCUCCACCAUUAUACAUACAACUUGAUGAACAAGAUAAAUUGAUGAGUCAUUGUCAACACAAGAUGGCUGAAUUUACAGACGUCUUGUCAUCAAUGAAAAGUUUAACAGCAAAAGAAGAUUUUAUAAAAACAUUGAGGACUCAGUUGAUAUUAUCAAUUGCGAAACAGAUGGGUUAUAGUAAAAUUAUGACUGCAGAUACCAAUUCUAGACUGGCAGUAAAUAUCCUCAGUGAUAUUGCACAGGGUCGUGGAAGUCAAGUAUCUUAUGAAACGGGUUUUUAUGAUAGUAGAUAUAAAGACAUGAUGAUAUUACGUCCAAUAAGAGAUUUAUCUAUAAAAGAAGUUGCUGUUUAUGAUCAAAUGAAUGAUUUACAUCCAGUUUUCAUACCAACUUUAACAACAAAGGGAUCCUAUGGUAGUAGUAUAGACAGAUUAACAGAGAACUUUGUAACAGGAUUACAAGCUGAUUAUUUAUCAACUGUUAGUAAUAUUGUCAGAACUGGUGAAAAGUUGGGCAUUGAAGAAAAUGGAUAUAAAGAUAUUUGUACAUUCUGUCAGUCACCAUUGGAUACAGAUGUUGGUCAAGCAUCUGCUCUGGUUGCUGUUGAGUUUUCACAGAAAUUAUCUAAAGAAGGUCGUCCGUCUGCUGAAUUAAUCGGUGAACCUGAACACAUCCAUACAACAAAUGACGGCAGCCAUUCCUCUCAGCUCAGGUACUCUUUGUUUUAUUAA